CCUUAAAACUUAUGAAUCUACAAUUCUAACCCCGUCUUUGGAUGAACAAAAGAAUAAAGGGAUAGCGCUCAAAGCAACCAAGGAAAUGGUUGAAGAGGAAUCAAGUGAUGAAGACAACGAGUUUGACCUCAUCAUCAAGAAAUUCCACAAAUUUAUGAAGAAAGAGCACGAGCGCAAAGGAAAGAAGCACGACGAUUCCCCGAAGUGCUAUGGUUGUGGCGAGAUUGGCCACAUCAAACCGAGAUGUCCAAAAUCCAAGAACGCCAAGGACAAACAUGGGCUCAAGAAGCAACGAGCAUACAUCUCUUGGGGAGGAGACUCCGGCGAUGAGUCAAGCGAGCAAGAGGAAGACGAGGAAACAAAUCUUUGUCUCAUAGCUCAAGAAGAAGAGAAGUCAUCCAACGACAGAAACCAAGAGCUUUCUAGAGCCAAUUUGUGAAGUUUGAGUUGUUCUUGAGUGUAUAUAGUUUACUCAACAUCUACUCUUAAAGAGAGUCUUGUUCUUGAGUGCUCUUAGUGUUGUAAACACGUUUAGGGAAGCUUGUUUCCCUUGGUUGUACGAAGGAAAGGUAUUUUUCCUUCGGGUUGAAGUCUUGGAGUGCGGUAUCUCCGAGCAAGUGUAUUGA